GUUGCUUGAGUGAGUCGGCGAGACUAUAUUUUAUGGACAACCUUGAACGAACCUUUAAGUAACCCUGGUCACGGCGCGCUAUCUAAAAAGGACAGUGGUAUUGUUUCUCGUUGGAUUAGUAAACUGUUUUGAUCGUAAAUUACGUAUCAAAACUACGAUUUACACUUUAAUUGAAUCUAAUACAGUUAAAGUUAUAUUCUGUUGAGUUUUUUGGCUUUCGUGUAUUUAUUACAUUCGAGGCAUUCUUGGUCUGUAUCAAAGUACUUUAGUUAAGGUUUGAAGUCUUGCUAAAGUUUUUCUUGUAUAAAACUUUUAUUCGUUGACUGACAUUUGUGUUCAUACUGUGAUCAUAUUGUGUGUUACACCUUGAUCAGACUAAAAUGGUUGGUGGUGCUCACAAAUGUAGACAACCAAACUGUUUGUUCCCUGUGGAGGAGGGAAUGCAGUGUGACGAAUACAAUAAGUGGUUCCACAAAAUGUGCACCCGCUUAAGUCCCACCGCAUACAAAAGAUGUUCGAAGCCUAACUCACAUUGGCUUUGCAUGUUUUGCUGUGCCAACAAGGCAUUACUAAUACAGGAGGCUAUGAGCCUAUUGGCUUUGGCCUGUAAGAAGAAGGAUGGCAUAUGCGCUGACAACACGGGCACUGACAGUGACGAAUGUGUCAGUGUAGUACCUGCUGUUACGCGACGCCUCAAACAACCGACUAUGACCGACGUAAAAGUGAAAUCUUCGUUGACAUUAACAGGGGAGUAGUACCACCUGGUACUGACAUUGUUAAUAAUGCACCUUUAAUGGGAACCGAAGAGCUGGAUAAAACAGUCACCGUUCCAAAUAGUCCCAGUGUUAUGAGGGAUGAAAAAUGGACUACGGUACGUAGGAAACGAAACGAAAAGAAAAAGCUGUAAGCAGUACACAGGUAGUUGGUAACUCACUAGUGGACUCAAAUUGUGAGCCACAAAUUGCACUACCAAGAUCUGAUGGUAAGAGUGAAACCCAUCCUGGCGUGACUGAGAAGAAAAAUCUAAUAACAUCGAAUAUUAUUAUGAGCAAAUUGCGGGAGUCAAACGACCCUGAUCCGAAAAUUAGACACGCGCAUGACUCAGAAAAGCUAGGAGAAUACAUUCGUAGUAUUUUACCAGAUAACUCCAAAGGAGUUCAGGUCAAAAAAUUGGUUAGAAUAGGCAAGAGGACCGAGGACAAUGUUGAACCCCGUCCAUGCAGACUCCUUAAGGUAAUCCUAGGAUCGGAGAAGCAACGGGAUCUCUUGUUAAGUAGCGCUCGUUGUCACGACAAUUCUGACAUCCGAGUUAGACCUGACAUAUCUCUCGAAGAUAGAAUAAAAGGAAGAAAGCACUAGCUGAACUUGAAACCCGUCGGCAAAACGGCGAGGAAAAUCUCCGACUAGUGGGCUUUCGGAUAGUCAGUUCUUGGAAGCGAAUGCUACCAAGGCCUGUGUGGAUAGGCUGUUCUACUUAGGAGUUUUAUAUGCCAACGCUCGUAGUCUACGAAAUAAGUUCUAUGAACUAGAAGUACUAGUAGAAAGGUUAAAGCCACUCAUAGUAGCAGUGACAGAAACUUGGUUAGUCCAUGACUUAGACAUUACUCCAGAAUUAUCCGGAUACCAUUGCAUCAGGAGUGAUAGACAUAGAUGUAGGAAAGGAGGCGGCGUCCUGUUAUAUAUAGCCAAUGGCAUAAAUAUCCGCUCCUCUACUAGCGAAUCCCAUGAUAGCGGCACUUGUGAAGUCAUUAGCUGUAAGUUGGCUAUAGGAUGUAGUACAUUUAUGCUAGGUGUCAUCUAUCGGAGCCCAAUCUGCUUAGCUGAUGACUUUGUUUUAGAGCACAUUCAUCUUUGGAGUGAUAAUACCAGAUGCUUGAUAAUAGGAGACUUUAACGCACCUGAUAUUAGUUGGACUGAUAUGACCACAGAAGGAUCUAUAAACUCCUUUGAUAGUAGGUUCCUGAUAACAAUAAUGGAGCAUGCACUAGUGCAGCAUAUAUCCCAACCCACACGUUUUGGUGUUAACCAGGGUUCUUCUCUGCUGGAUUUGGUAAUCACUCAUGAGACUGAGGAUAUUGUCGACUUAAAUAUUCUUCCACCGUUAGUAAACAGCGAUCACUCUGUUUUGUCAUUCGCGUUUCGAAAUAGGGACAUGUUAUACGAUCAGGUUACACCUCGCCCAAAUGUAUGGAAAGCUAACAUAUCAGCCAUUCAGGAAUGUGCUGCUAAGACAAAUUGGUUAGUAGAUACUAGCAUAUCAGUUGAAGAAGCAUGGUCUGUAUUUAAAGGUAAAUUUAGACUAGUUACGUCCCCGUUCAUACCAUACCUGGUACCGCGAAGACCGAAUAAUAGUCCACCAUGGAUAGCUAAAACAGUCAGGAAACUCCUUAGAAAAAGGAAGAAUCACUGGAAUAUGUUCAUCCCUACUGGCUUAGAACAAUACAGAUCCAGUUAUUGUAAGAUUAGGAAUGCCUGUAAAGCGUUAAUAAGCAAGACUAGACUAUCAUACGAAAAACAAUUGGUUAGGGAUUCUAGAUAUAGUCCGAAACGGUUAUUCUCGUAUAUAAAAAGGCGAACUAAGAGAAGCGAUGGAAUUCCAUCGCUUUUGAUACGAGACAAUCCGUUAAUCUUAGCAGAGAAUGAUGCCGAAAAAGCUGAAGCUUUAUCGGAAUAUUUUAGUAAAGUGUUUUCUAUUGGUAAUGAGGAACGACCAAUGAUUCGUCAUGACCGUGAUGGCUCGCUGAUGGAUCCUGUAGUCAUUGAGAAAGAUACUGUUUUAAGGCUACUUCAGCAUCUCAAACCUGAUAAGUCCAGUGGUCCUGAUGAUAUUCAGCCUAGGAUUAUGAAAGCCAUAUCAGAUGAAAUUGCUGAACCAUUAGCGAUACUAUUCGACAUGUCUCUGAGACAGUCCAGACUGCCUAGAGACUGGAAAGACGCCAUAAUAAGUCUGGUGUAUAAGGCUGGGAGUAGGGAUUUAGUUAGUAACUAUAGACUCGUUAGCUUAACUAGUGCAGUUGUGAAACUGAUGGAGAAAAUCAUUCGGAUAGCUGUUAUAAACUAUGUUGAAGGGCAAAAUCUUUUCUCCAGGGAACAACAUGGUUUUCAGAAAGGCCUAUCUUGCUUGACAAAUCUUCUCGUUGCACGAGAAGAGUGGGUUGCGGCAAAGGAUCGGAAUGCUCCUGUGGAUGUAAUUUUCAUAGAUCUAAGUAAAGCCUUUGAUAAGGUUUCCCACUCUGGUCUUAAAUUCAAACUGAAACGUUUUGGAAUCCAAUAAACAGUCGUCGAUUGGAUAAGUAACUUUCUCCAUGACAGGAAACAAAGGGUAGGGGUUAAUGGGGCUCUCUCCUCGUGGGUACCUGUAAAAGUGGAGUUCUCCAAGGUACAAUCCUCAUUCCUCUUCUCUUCUUACUUUAUGUAAAUGAAUUGCCAACUGUAGCAAAAUCAUCCGUUCUACUCUUCGCUGAUGACAUAAAGAUUUGGAGACCCAUACAUAGUAUGUCGGAUAGAAUAGUAUUACAGGACGAUCUUAGCUCAUUGGUGGCAUGGUUAGACAGGUGGUCACUAGAAGUAAAUCCUAAUAAGAGUGUAGUGAUGCAGUUAAAUAACUCUGAUGAAUCGUAUGACUAUACACUACGUGGAUUCGUGCCACCCAAAGCAAGAAACUAUAAAGACUUAGGAGUUAUAUUAAGCAAUGACCUCAAAACGACUAGUCACUGUAAGGCUGUUGCUGCAAAAGGCUAUAGGAUAUUAUGGUCAAUUCGUAGGUCUUUUCAGUAUUUAGAUGAUGAAAUGUUUGGAUUACUAUGCCCGAUUUAUGUGCGACCACAUUUAGAAUACGGGAUUCAAGCAGCGCGUCCUUGUUUCAAAUAUGAAGCAGGUAUGCUAGAAAGAGUCCAACGACGAGCUACUAAGAUGGUACAAGGUCUAGCUGGCCUAUCUUAUGAAGACAGACUGAGACACCUUAACUUAUUUCCGUUAUCUUACCGUACAAUACGGGGUGAUCUAAUAUUGGCUUAUCGUAUACUGAACGAUGACCUUGGUAUUAACAUGUCUUAUCUUUUGUUUCCGUCUAGAACCGAUCAUUUGAGAGGACAUUCGAAGAAAGUUCAAAAACCGAGAUCAAACCGUUUACGUCUGGAGUUCCGUUUCUCGCACCGAGUAGUGCAUUACACACUUAAUAAUCUGUUCGGGAUCACUUUCAGUUUCUAUCGUGGGCACAAUAACUUGAGACCAAUCGUCAUUUAAUCUCCUAAACCAUAAUCAGUUGUGAGGUACUUUUCAUCACAAGGAUGGUUGUGGAUCAUCUUAAGUGAAGCUAUUAUGUUCUGGCUGACAUCAUACCGCAAACAAAACAUGGCUUUUCAACUACUGAAACAUGAUCUUUAAAUACCCUACGGCUCUUUUAUGGCCAAAAAUAACAAAAGUAUAACAUAUACUGGUAAUGGAUUUCCAGCUUACUUCUACUCACAACGUAAUGCGUCCGACUCAUCUAAUAAUGUUUUAUGGUAUAUUUUAAAUAAAAAGCUUUUCGCAAUAAAUUAAUAACACUUCUGACUUGGUCCCAUGUUGUCAAGUGCCUAGGUCUAAUAAUCCUCCCGAAAAAUCACUGGUAUUCACUACUGCUACUACUGGACACUUAUCGUUAGUUUUACUCGCUGAUGGGAUAAGGUCAUCCUUACGGUCAGUUAAAUGUCUUUGGGCACAUGCCGAAUCACCGGACGUUUAGGUCACUACAUGUCGGACAGUUCAUCGACUCCGGCCAAGGUCAAGGACAAUCAACGUGCAGCAAUUAAUCGUACCCAAUCGAUAAAUCUUCUAAUUGAAUGCUAGAUUCGGUUUCCUAAGCUCUUUGAGUAACCCCCAGGCCAAAACUACACAGCAACCAGAACACUAGAGAAAAGGUACGAAAUACGGAAAGGACGUUUUGCUUCAGGCUUCGUUUGUGCACAGAGAAUCUAGGGUAUUUAUGGCAUUUUAGGUAGCCUUGAUCUUUUGGAAAGCUACAAAAUAUAGCAGUAGUAUAAAUAAUCACUCAAUCAGAAGUGCGACAUGCGACGUUCUGGAUGUUUCUGGCAAAAUUUCUAUUGAAUGCUGAUCGAAUAUGGGGUGUCUCAGAGCUUUCAGGGCAUUUUUGGUAUUUGUCGAGGAAUUUUUGAUUUCCCUGACAACUAAGAACUGGCCUAUGCGGUUGUGCCCACAUUAUCUUCUCUGUUCCAUUCUUACUAAUACUUUUCGGUAAUAACAUCCUUUAUAGUAUGCGGUCUUCAAAUUCACCAUAAUGUGCUACUUAUAUAGACAUAAGUAGUGUGUAACAUGAGUCAGGAAUGUAAUGUCUGGCAACAGAAGAUUAGGAAGAUCAGGAAAGGAAGAACGGAAAUAGAAAGCAAUUAGUAUGGAAAUGUAAGAAAAAUGAAGUCCGAGACAAUUAUUGAACAUUUUGCAAAUUAGGUAUUAUUGUAUGGUUUUUCUAUUUUACCAAGUAACUCUGUAAUUUAGUGCUAAGUAUAAUUCGGUUGUUCUCACCUGUGUUCUCCUGCACUCCAAUAGUACCUUGAUACGACGAAAGAGUAAUUCGUGUUAAGUGCUGAUCAUGAGAUGUGACUUCGAAGUUAGCUGCUGGUCAUACCAUUCCCAUCUAACUCGAAUAGGCCCCUAAUCAUCAGAC